AUGUAUCACUUGGCCAAGUCGCUGUACUUAGCUGCCACAAGUAAAGAAGGUACGUCUCGCGAUCUGAUGAUCGAUCGCAUCGCUGUUACCCCGGAUUUGAUGCUGACUAGUCGGACAGAGUACUCUGUGAUUCUUCUGGGGUUAGACAAUGCUGGGAAAACCACACUCCUCUCCCAGAUCAAAGCGCUCUACCAGCCCCGUCCAGAGGGCGCCCCCGCGCCCAACCCCGGAAAAACCGUCCCCACCGUCGGUCAGAAUGUCGCAACGAUACCCUUACACGAUAUGAACCUGAAGAUCUGGGAUGUCGGAGGUCAGAUUUCAAUGCGAGGCCUCUGGCAAAGUUACUAUACGAGCUGUCACGCGAUCAUCUUCGUGGUUGACAGCGCAGAUGUCGGCCAAGACCCUGAUAUUGCCCGUCUGAUCUCAAGACGCGCAAGUUCCACACCUGGCACGCGCACCACCCGUGGGAAUUCCGGCGCAGAGGCAUUCACAGAAAAUAAUGUGGGGAUAGGUGCUGCCAGCAGUGAGUUUGGACGUUUGGACGAGUGCCGACAAGUCUUGGAGUCUGUUCUGCAGAAUGCAGAUGUCGCUGGUGUGCCUAUCCUGGUGUUGGCGAACAAGCAGGAUCGGGAAGAUUGUGUGGAGGUGGUUCGCAUCAAGGAGGGGCUUGUUCGCAAGGUCUUCGAGGGGGAAACGGGAGGAGGUGUUCGGGACAGUCGUGUGCUGCCGGUCAGCGCGCUGCUGGGGUCUGGAGUGCAGGCGGCGGUGGAGUGGGUGCAGAGUCGGGUCAAGUGGAAUAAAGAGGGCCGGCCUCCUGUUAUGCGUUGA